UUGCUGCGUGCUUUAAAUACUAUCUUCCUUUUCCAUCCCCGGCGCAUCUUUUCUUCCUUCCUUCCAGUCUACUCCUCGUCUCCCCCAAAACUUGUGGCGAAUCCCACGCAGAUUUGCUCCGCCGGAGCCGGCCGACGCCGCAUCCAUGGCCGCCGCGUUCUCCAUCAGGGGGUUCGCGGCGAGCAAGAGGGGCGAACAAGCUGCCGAGGGGCGGCGUCCCCUGGGCAUGAAGGCUCUCCCUCCUAUCGAGGCCCCGAGGUUCCGGUGGUGGGCGGACGAGCUCGCCUCCGCCGUAGCUGCUGGUCCGGCGCCAUCCCCGCGGAGGUCGCCAAAAGCGAAGCUGCCGAAGAAGAAGCGGUCCAUCUCCGACCUCUUCGCCGCGGCACCCCCCUUGGCCGAGCCGCCCUCCGACGACGAGCAAACCGAGGCGGAGGACGACGAGGCGCUGCUGGCCAUCGUGAGGCGGGCCAAGGAGGAGAAGAAGCGGAAGAGGAGACUGCAAGAGGAGGAGGGGGAGGAUGAGGCGGCUGCGUCGGCGGACGGCAGCGGAGGUCGCGAGGCCGAGGGGAAUUUCGAGACCAGAAAGGAAGCACUGGAAAAUCCAAAUAUGCCUGAUGGAUUUGCUACACAGCCAUCGCAGAAACCUGAAGCUUCACAACAUCUCAGAAAAGAGAUUGAAAAUAUAUCUAGGAAAAGGAAGCAGGAGAAGAUCCAUAAUACAAAGAAGAAGGCUGACACAGAUAAGUGUAUCGACAGUAAUAAGGCUGACAAAGUGCGGAAACCACGAGACAUGGAAAAACAUCUCCCUAGGCAAAGCAUACUGAAGAUAAAGCGCACAUCUGUCAAAAUGGUCAAGGAGAAACAUGGCAAUUCAAAAGGCAAGAAAGUGAUAGAACUCUGCCGCAAAUCAGUGAAGCGGGUCAAAUUCUCUGAAGCGGAUAAUAUACUUGGCAGUGAUAUGCAAAGUUGUGAGCUGCCCAAACGGCGAAGUCUCAGCAAGCUGUUUUCAGAUGCUAUGGCUUCUUCGUCGUCGUCAUCAUCAUCAUCAUCAUCCACGUCUACUGAAGGAGACAAAUGCAUAACUACAGACAAUAGUAGUUUUCAUAUGCCCAAGGAAGUCGUCACUAAGACUAAAGAAGCAAAUUUGUGUUCAAAUCAUGAGGAUUCUUCUACUGAAGGAAACAAAUGCAUAAUUGCAGAAAGUUGUAGUUCUCAUAUACCGGAGGAAGCCAUCACUAAGAGUAAGGAAGCAAAUCUGAAUUCAAAUCGCGAGGAUUCUCCUAAGCCUAGUAACACAGAGCUGUCCUUACAUUUGCUUGAUCUGAAUGAGGAGGCUGUACCAGAAACUACGGAUUUGAACUACACGUAUAAUUCAAAUUCUGAGGUACCAUAUCUGCCUGAUGGGAGAGAACACUGGAGGAAUUUGUCUUUUGAGUCACACAGAUUAGCAAACCAACUACCUGCAGCUGACUCAGGAAGUGUAAGGAACACAAGUUCAGGAGGCACAUUGUUGCGAGCUGAGCAAGCCGAGGUUUCUGGCAUAGAUAUUGUUGGUCCUCCAUUGAGCUUAAGAGAGCUUGGUGAGACUCAUCGUGACUGUGGUAAUGUCUCAGUAAAAGAUACUUUGAGUACGAGUAUGUCCCCUUGUGCAUUGUCAGACCAUACAUUUCAGGGUUCAUUUCAACAGCACCAGAAUGUGUUCCACACUAAUCUGAAUUAUGGUGGCUCCCAGCUCUCUACCCGCGGGAAAUUUACUCCAUUGAGCUUAAGAGAGCUUGGUGAGACUCAUCGUGACCGCAGUAAUGUUUCAGUAAAAGAUUCUACCGCCAUGAGUAUGUCCCCUUGUGCAUUGCCAGGCCAUACAUUUCAGGACUCAAUUCAACAACACCAGAGUGGGUUCCGCACUAAUCUGAAUCAUGGUGGCUCCCAGCUUUCGGCCAGCGGGAGGCUUCCUUCCUGGUCAUCUCAUGAGUUCAACGUUCAGCGUGACUGUAGUCCUUCUAUGGGACAGACACUUCGUUUGAUGGGUAAAGAUCUUGCAGUUUGCACAACCAGGGGUAAAACGUCUGCCGAGACUAGACAGAAACAUACAGGUACCUCCACCAAUGACUAUGGGAAGACAAAUGCUGUCCUGGAGUUGCCACGGCAAGGACAGCCUUUUCUCUCUUUACAACAUCAAAGUUUCCCCGGUGUUACACUAAAUCCUACCGGUACAAUUCAUUCUUCGAGAUAUCAUUCAAGCACAAGUCAGGCACACUUGGGCUACAGGACUCCAAAUGAUUUCAGUCACCCAAUCCCUGCAGCUAAUUUAUUUUCUGGAGAUCGGUCGCCAUACGAAAACAGGUUUGGCAAUUUUCCAAACUCGCAGCCUAGUCAGCCUUUUCUAUUGGGCUGUCCUCCUCUUCCCAAUAACCGCAGUGCAGCACCAUAUCAGAAUUCGCCGGCUCCUUGGCGUUAUUAUGCUGAUCCUGUCAAUAGGACAGAGUCACCCAGAGCAGCAUUUUGGCCUACAACCAGACAGCAUGGGACACCAUCUUCAGUUUUGCAUGGGAGUUUGCCACAGCAUGGGACACAAUCUUCAGUUUUGCAUGGGAGUUUGCCACAGCAACAUAUUGUGCAUCCACCAAGCUCGUCAGCUCGCCCUCUUAACUAUGUGAAUUCUACAUUCAGCCAUCCAACCCGUGUAGUUCAAGAAGCUUCUAACAGCAUAAGAGAUGCAGCCCAUUCAUCCAGAAAUUUAGAGAAUAGAAUGGGGAGUGAUGUUCCUGGCAGUUCCAAUACUUCAUCGGUUGGUCGCUACGCGCAGAAGAGAUCAGGCCCAGUGAAACUUACUCCUGGGGCGAAGCAUAUGUUGGUGCCAAACGAUACCACAGGUGACAGCAAUUCUUUGCCUGUGUACUCCUGUGUUUCCUUUGGUAGUAGGAGCGCAAAUGCUGCGGCGUCUCAGAACAAAGGAGCAUAAUAGCCUCUGUGGAACUUUUGGUUACUGGCCGCUGCAUGAAUCUACAAACAUCUGCACUGCUUUUAUUCAAUUUCGUUCUUCUA